AUGUCUUCCAGUCGCACCCGAAGGGUUGCCAAAGAAGUGGCCGAUAUCCAUGCCGAUACGCUCUCACAUAUAAGAGCCAAUCCGAUAGGGAACGGCUCAGAUCUCACGCACUUGAAGGGCUCUUUCAAAGGCCCACCUGGGACUCCUUAUGAGGGGGGAACAUACGUGGUGGAUGUCCGGAUCCCUAAUGAUUACCCAUUUCGACCGCCAAUAAUGAAAUUUGAUACCAAGAUUUGGCAUCCAAAUGUCAGCAGUCAAACAGGCGCUAUCUGCUUAGACACUCUCUCCUCGGCCUGGUCACCGGUCCUCACGAUAAAAUCUGCCCUCCUCUCCCUCCAGUCCCUUCUGUCCACACCGGAGCCAAAAGAUCCGCAAGAUGCAGAGGUAGCUGGGAUGCUCACAAGAAACCCGAAGGAAUUCGAACGGGUAGCUCAUGAAUGGGCGGUCAAGCACGCAGGGGCUCCCAAGAAGGAGUCUGGAGAAGGCAGCGGAGGAGACCGGACAGAAUCGAAGAAAGAGAAGAAGCAGAGGUCGAAGGAAGAAGAGCGGGCGGAACGGGCUCGACUUUACGGCGGCUACAACGAAGACAUGAUCAAUGGGUUCGUCCACAUGGGCUUCGACCUCGACCGAGUAGUUGCGGCCUUCGAUUAUGUAGGGAUCGACCCCAACGACGGUGAGAGCUAUGAGCUGGAGGAAGCAUACAUUGGUGAUAUAACGGCACGCUUGUUGGGGGAACCAUAA